AUGUAUAAGCCUGUAAAUCCAACGACGGACACUAUCCCACUCACUAAAGAACACUAUAAAAAUGGACUUAAACUAUUGAGCGAAGGGAAAGCUGCAUUAAUAACACUUGCAGGAGGCCAAGGAAGUCGACUUGGAUUUGAACAUCCAAAAGGGAUGUUUGUCAUCCCUCUUAAAAAUCCAAUUUCUAUUUUCGGAACAACAGCUGCGCGACUUCUGUGUCUUCAGAAACUUGCGAAUGCACAUGCGAAUAUUACAACAACAAAAUUGCACUGGUUUUUGAUGACAAAUGAAGAAACAACAGAGGAAAUCAAAACAUUCUUUAAAGAUCACAACUUCUUUGGAUUGUGCGAAAAUCAAAUCCAUUUCUUCCCUCAAGGUAUGCUCCCUGUCACUGAUUUUAACGGUAAAACACUUUACGAAGAAAUAGGAAAGCCGUUUAUGGCGCCAAAUGGACAUGGGGGACUUUAUAAAGCAUUGGAAGAUAAUGGCGUGUUGGAUUUUAUGGAGAAGAGUGGCAUUAAAUACACUGUUGUUCACAAUGUCGAUAAUAUAAUGAACAAAGCUAUUGAUCCAAACAUGAUCGGGUAUAUGGAUUUGUUACACUCUGACAUUUGCAUCAAAGUAGUGAAGAAAAGUUUCAAAGAAGAGAAGAUUGGAAUUUUAGUUGAAGAAGAUAAGAAGGUGAAGUGCGUUGAAUAUACUGAAUUAACAGAAGAGUUGAAUAAGAUUAAAGACAAUGGCGAUUUUGAAUAUGGAAGUGGACACAUCUCAAUCAACGCCUAUACUACAGAGUUCUUUAAAAAGGCCGCACACACACAAUUGCCAUUCCAUAUAGCCAAGGAGA